AUGAGCCGUCAGAGAAUCAGUCAUAAGCGGCUGUCUCUGCGAUGGACGAGUGCGCUUCUUGGCCUCUGGCUCUGCUGCUGGACCUCGUUGGCCAGCGCCGCAGGAGAUGCAGCCGCCGAAAACGCCGGACCGGCCGGCGGCUCCCUCGGUGGCUCUCUAGCGUGGCUUCUGUCAGAUAAAGGGCCUUUCCAUCAGUCCUUGGAGUUCACAGAGGCUGCGGAAAGGCACCAGCAAGGGUUUAGCACCAGAUACAAGAUCUACAGGGAGUUUGGUCGAUGGAAGGUCAACAGCCUGGCGGUGGAGAAACGAGACAGUCUCGGCGGCAGUCGUGGUCUGGCUUUGCCCCUCGACCCUGAAUUUAUGCACACCAUCCGCCAGCUAGGAAGGCGGCCGACCCUGCGCGCAAUUACCGAGAGUCUAAUCAAAAAAUAUGGCACCCACCUCCUACUCUCUGCCACACUGGGAGGGGAAGAGUCCUUAACCAUAUUUGUGGACAAAAGGAAGCUAGGUCAAAAAUCUUCAGCGGUUGGGACUGAGGACAGUAAAAGCAACAGCACGACUGGCCCAAUUACCCUGGAGGCGCUCCACCAGUUGGCAGCUUCCUACUUCACCGACAGAGAGAGUACCUUACGCAGGCUCCACCACCUCCAGAUUGCCUCGACUGCCAUAAAGGUAACAGAAACCAGAACUGGACCACUUGGAUGCAGCAACUAUGACAAUCUGGACACUGUCAGCUCUGUUCUUGUUCACAGUCCAGAGAACAAGGUUCAGCUACAAGGGCUGCAGGUCGUCCUCCCGAGCUACUUGCAGAGUCGCUUCAUUCAGGCGGCUCUGAACUACAUUGGCUGUAAAUCCGAGGGUCAUUUUAUGUGCCAAAAAAACGAAUGCUGGUGUGACUGCAGAGUGGAAUUUCCAAAGUGUAACUGUCCUCACACUGACCUGGACACUCUGGAAAACAACCUAGUGCGCAUCAGAGAGGCCUGGAGGCGGUCCAACGAGGAGUUUGAAGCAUCCGAGGAAUUCCAAAGCUUUGUUGGAAAACUGCCAACACAUUAUGCUGUAAACACAUCUGUUGUGGAGCACUUAUGGCGGACAGAUGCUAGCCUGCUCCAGCGCUACAGGCAACUGGAGAUGGGCAGCCAGCAGCUCUUCACCAAAGCUCGCCGCACCAUCAACAAGCUCUUCAAUCUCAGCAAGAGGUGCCGUAAACAGCCCAAAAUCAUCCUCCAGAGGCCGAGGUCUCUUCACUUCUGGUUGAGCUACACCCUCUCCAUCUUGUACUGCAGUGAGAACAACCAAGUUGGAGUCUACAAUGAAGAAAGUCGCAGAUGCUCCUGCCCUUACAGUCACCCACCUUGCCAAGGCCUCAUCCCAUGUUCCACGGGCGACGGACCCCGCUGCUCGUCUUGCUCUGCUGAGAAUCGUACGAGAUGCUCCAGCUGCAAUCCUGGUUUUACCCUGAACCAGGGAGCCUGCAGACACGCCGUGCCCGACCCUACGGACCCGUACCUGGGUAUGGAGAGCGAUCAAGACCUGCACGACAUGGAGCUUCGCUACCUGCUUCAGCGACGCGACCCGCGCAUCACUCUACACGCGGUGUUCGUAAGCAACGAUGUGCGGGUCAACACUUGGUUCGACCCAUCAUGGAGGAAGCGAAUGCUGUUGACCCUGAAAAGCAACCGGGUUAAAUCUAAUCGUGUUCACAUGCUCCUUGGACUGGACUUGCAAUUUUGCCUCAGCAGGAACAGCACCCUCGAGCCAGUUUUUUCGCUCUUCGUGAACCCAUUUGGAGGCAGUCAUUCAGAGAGCUGGACAAUGCCCGUAGGCCAAAAUGGCUAUCCCGACUGGGACCGGACCAAAUUGGACAUUCCCUUGGACUGCUAUAACUGGACGUUGUCUCUCGGUAACAGAUGGAAGAGCUUUUUCGAGACGGUGCAUUUUUACCUGAGGAGUCGAAUCAAGGAGGGCGCGGCGACGGGAUCAAAGAACACUUCAGUGGACGAUGAGCUUACGGAGGCGACAGAGCCACCCAGUAGUAUCGGUUAUAUGAAAGUGAACAGCAUGCAGCUGUUUGGAUACAGCAUGCAUUUUGACCCUGAGGCAAUCCAGGACUUGAUUCUGCAGAUUGACUACCCGUACACUCAGGGAUCGCAGGACUCGGCUCUCUUGCAGCUGGUGGAGCUGCGCUACAGGGUAAAUCGCCUCUCGCCUCCGGGGGCCCCCCACGUGGAUCUAUUUGCCUGUCUGCUCCGCCACAGACUUAAACUCUCCAGUGCGGACGUGAGCAGGAUCCUCAGCGCCCUGCAGGCUUUCAGUGCCAGACAACCCAACUACACGGAGUACGAGGCGACCAAACUGUGUAGCUAA